GAAGAAGAAGAAGAAGAAGAAGAAGAGAAGGAAGUUUACUUAUUUAACUUGACCGCGCUUCGUGGGGAUGCGAUAUAAAGGCUCAUCGAGAGAUGCGCAUCUCGCAGAUCAUCGAGGCUCCUCAAACCGCUCAGGAGGAGAAUAGAAUAGCGAAGGACCUCCUUCCCAGUCGCGAAAAGGUCAACAAAGGUCAACCGGACGAUCCGCAGUAUUAAAAGUUCUUCUGACCGUCGACGUAGUAUUUUUAGAAAAUAAAAACCACUUACUUGGUUCGUUAAAAACGAAACGGAAAAGAAAAUUAAACCCAGAAACCAUUUUUUAGAAGAGGAAGAACAAAAAAUCUGUACCACCAAUUUUCUCGUAAAUUAGAAAUGGAACUUUGUAUGCUAUUCGGUUUUUGUCUAUAUCUCGUUGCAACUGCACUGGAAUCGGACGCCAAAUCUCCUGACUCAAGAUUCGAUGAGAAUUCGGACUCUCACGGACAGGAUUCAGCGUUUUUCGAGGCACAAUCGGGUUUGGAAGACGAAGAAAUUUCCGAAAAAGCCCGAAGACCUGGUCUAGUAGAUCCCGAAGUCGCUGAUCAACUGGAAGGAAACGGAUGGCUGGACGUAAUUCCUGGGACGCCUGGCAAGGACUAUCCAAACUACGAUGGAAUUCCCGAAACCUCGUUCACGUGCCGAGGCAAAACACCCGGAGGCUAUUACGCCGAUAUUGAAGCACGCUGUCAGGUUUUCCACGUCUGCAACACCGACGGUCAAAAAAGUUCCUUCAUCUGCCCAAGCGGCAGUAUAUUCAACCAGAAAUAUUUCGUCUGCGAUUGGUGGUACGACUUUGAAUGCGACGACGCAACGGAUCUUUAUUCGCUGAACGAGAAGGUGAACCGAGGAGGUACAGGAUCGGGUCCUGGAGGACCAGGCAGGACAUCGGAGGAGGUCAUCGAACCGCUGAACCUGCAGGAGGGAAAUUUCGUUGCCGAUGGUUUCGAUCUCUCGCUUGCCGGAACGGGCGAAGGGGGUCCAGGAUACUCGAGGAAUGGAAAGAGUCGAGGAUUUCAGAGCAACGUGGCGGAGGAGGGGGAGGAGAAGAAUGCGGGAAAAUUGGCUUCCGGUAAGGAGGCGGAAGGACGAGGUGAAAGGAAGUCAACCGCUUCGUCUUCUCCGGAUAAAGAUCGGCAAUUCGACGCGGGGGAAAAUUCCCGGGGUAAUUAUCGGGCCGGAAACGCGAUCGAGGAUCCCCGGGGAACGGCGGGGAAUCCUCAUUUCCGGAACGGAAGUCACCGCGAGGAAUCAAACGGAUUCAACGAAAACGUUGCCGGGGUUAACGACGGCUCGUAUGACAAUAAUCAGCCUCGAGGAAGACGGUUUGAAGAGCGACGCGUUCGCCAGAGAAACCGGAAGUUCGGGGAGAAGAAUUUCGAUCGUCAAAGUGACGACAGGGACGAUAAAAAUCCCGUGGAUUUCCACUCUGAUAACAAGGAGAAUCGAAGAGGAGGUGAAAAUUUUUAUUCAGAUGGUUUUGCCCGGAACGAAAAGACGGAAAUUACCCGUCAAAAUAUCCGCGCCAAUUAUCCGCGAGAGAAUUCUUCGGACAGGGUUUCGAAAACGGAGAGAAAAAAUCAUCGGGACGAUUAUUUACUGGGCGUUGUUCGGGACGAUGAGAAGAGCGGAAAUUCUAAUCAGCAGAGAAGAUACGUGCCGAUUUUGUAAAACAUGUAACGAAAGAUUUGAAAUCGAUAGAAAGAAAUGGUAUUUGUAUAAAUAUAUUUGCGUUUGUAGAAUUUCUUAUUUGCGUAUUUUUGUCGAAGCGAUAUAGCUUGAAAUUAGCUGCUUCUUGUUUUUAAUCGGAACAUUUUCUUCGAUCGAUAUCAAUUAUCGUAAAGACUAGGAAAUAUGUUUGUGAAACAAUAUUCAAAACGAAUCUCGCAGUUCACUCGAUUUCAAAAUUUAUUCACAUAAU